AUGGCGCUUCGGCCAGUGCAGGUGGAGGACGCGAUUGGAGAGUACUUCGACGGGCUGGUCAAGCAGCGUGCCACCGCUCAGGUGGGGCUCUUGAUAGGUAAGCCCGUGGUGGGGUCACGCAGCCUGCUGCUGGCGGUUGUGCCGUCGCCCGAGCAGGAAGGGCAGCCCGCUGUGACCAUCACAGGUGGCGCCGCCUCUGCCAGCGGCGGCGGUGCCAAGGGCAAAAAAGGCGGCGGCGGCGGGGGUGGCAGCGGUGUAGGUGUGCAGCUGGAGUCUGAUUGGAUUGCGGAGCAUGCGCGGCAGGUGUCACGGAUGCUGCCUGGCGGGUUGGAGGUGCUGGGGCUGUACCUGCUCGCACCAGACGCAGCAUGGGGCGCAGCCGCCGGGCAGCUGUGUGCUGCGCUCGCCACCAUGUCGGUCGACGCACGCGCCGCGGUCGGGCCCAGCGGCAGUAGCAUCGAGCAGCUGCUGCUGCUUCACAUUGACGCGACAACGCGCAAGCUCAUAGCACGCGGCUGCGCCGCUGCCCCUGCACCGGCGCCCGCGGCGCUGCGCCUGGUUGAGUUAAGGGCGGGGUCGGCGGCCGGCAGCCUGGUGCGGCUGACGGCGCGGCACUCGGUCGACGCGACGCUGCCGGCCACGGCCGCGGUAGCGGGCAGCGGUGGCAAGCCUAGGGCUCCCAGUGGCAGUGCAGGUGGUGGGCAGCAGCUGCAGCGCCUUGCAGAGGCGCUGAUGACGGCAGAGGCGGCGCGACUCGCGGCGGCGGUAGCAACGGUCGGCGGCGUCUUGCCGGCAGAGGGGGCUGCCUUGGGCGACGUGCUGCCACCAGAGGCCCCCGGCGGGGACACCAGGAUUCCAGCGGCCGAGGCCCAGCUCUACUGCACCCUGCCUGCGGCCUCGCCGAUGGACAGCAAAGGCGCAACCGCGGCCGCCGUCGCCGCGGCGGCGGCGCCGCUGCAUGGCAGCUGCACUCUGCGCGGCGAGGUGGUGGGGGUGGCCUACGUCCACCGGCGCGAGCCCGCGGCCAGGGCGCUGGCAGAGUUGCGGGCCGACGUCGUCAAGAGCCUGCGGGCGCGGCUGGACCUGCUGACAGAGGAGGCCCUCGCGGCCGCGGACGAAGCCGAGGCCGCGGCAGAGCAGCGGGAACAGCAGGGGCAGGGGCAGCAGAAGGCUGCCGCCGCGCCACACCCGCUGCUGGCAGCAACAGACGCGGGGCGCGCCGCGCACCUGGCGCUGCCGCGGCGCGUGCUGCUGCCGUGGCGUGUCGCGGGAGGAUCGACAGCCGCCACCCCUCCUGGCCUGGAGCUGCUGCUGCCACACCAGCGCGCCGCCACAGACGCGGCCCUCUCCGCGUUCGCGGCCGGCCAGCAGCGCGUCCUGCUGCGCAUGCCCCGCUCCGCGGGCCACGCGCCCGUCGCCGCAGCCGUCGCGGCGCACGCCGUGCGUGCCGGCGGGCGAGUGCUCGUGCUCACGGACGGUCGCGCGCGGUGGGAGGACCAGGCCGAGGCGCUGCGCGCCGCGCUGCCGCCGGGCGCGGGCAUCGGCCGCAUCCCCGGGGGCCCGCUGCAGCUGGGUGAUGCCGUGCUGCUGGUGGACCUGCAGCACGUCGCGUCGGCGCCGCGCGCGGCCUGGCAGCUGCGGCGGCGCCAGCACCAGGAGCGGCUCUGCCUGGCGGUCCUGGACGAGCCGCUCGCGCCCGCCCCGCCAGAGGACGGUGGCGCCGCCGGCGCCGGUGGCGCGGGCGCACGGGCUAACGACGCGGCUGGCGGAGCCCCGACGCGCGCGCAGCGGGCGUCGCGGCGUCAGGCAAAGCAGGCCUUGUCCGGCGCCAGCGCCGCGACAAAAGGAUCAGGCGCGGUUCAGAAGCAGCAGCAGCAGCAGCAGCAGCAGCAGCAGGAGGCGCUGGCCGGCGGCGCGCUGGCGGCGGCCGAGCAGGUCCUGCGCGACGCGGGCUUCCUUGAGGCGUCCCUGGACCGCCGGCUGCUGACGCUGAGCUGGCGCUUCUGGGAGUCCCUGCUGCAGCCCGUGGGCGGCUACGCGGUGGCGGUGGCGCAGAUGCAGGUGGUGGCCUACCAGAUGGGCGUGGAGGCGGGGGUGGAGGCGGGGGCGAUGGCGCGGGUGGAGACGGCGGCGGUGGAGACGGGCGCCGCGCUCGACCCGGCGCUGUUGUCUGGCGGCGGCGGCGGGCGGAGCAAGGGGCUCGGCGGCGAGGGGCCGCUGGAUGCGCAGCUGUGCGAUCCCGGCCGCCUGGCCGCGGUCGCCGACGCGUACGCGCGCCUCUGCCCCUCCGCCCGCGCGCUCGCGUACGCCGCGGGCCCCGCGCACGCGCGCGCGCUGGCCGUCGCCCUCAGCCUGCGCGGCGUUCCCGCGGUGCCGCUGCACCAGGGGCUGCCGACUGAGGAGCGCGGGGCGGUGCUGGCGUCGUUCGCAUCGGGCGGCGAGCGCGUGCUGGUGACCAGCCUGCCCGCGGAGCACCUGGACCUGGGCCCCGGGCCGCUGGACGCGCUGCUGAUGGCGGCGCCCACCCGCGACAAGGCGCAGUACGCGGCGCGCCUCGCGCCCGGCCUCGCGGUGGCCCAUGGUGGCGGCGGGGGCAGGGGCGGGGGAAGGUGCCUGGUGGUUGAUUUCUUGGACGAGUGGCGGCCGGCGGCUGCGGGACCCAGCACCAGCAGCAGUAGCAGCAGCAGCAGCAGCAGCAGCAGCAGCAGCAGCAGCAGCAGCAGCAGCAGCAGCAGCAGCAGCGACCCUUUCAUGGCGCUGACGUGCCGCGACCUGCUGCCGUCAGCGGCUGCGGCGGCUGCGCCAGACGCCGACGACGAGGCGGGCGGGGAGCACGCGCCCGGCGCGGCCCCGACAGGGCGCGAGCCGCCGACGACGGGUGUGCUGGAGUGGGUGGUGCUGGAGGACGGCAGCUGGGCCAUGCCCAUGACCCGCGUCCGCGUCAGCCUCGGGUCGAUGAUGUCAGGCGCCGCCGCGUCCGCCGCCGUUACAGGCCGCGCGGGCAACAGCCAGCUCGCGACUAGUACCUUGCGCGUGCUGCGGCUGCGGCGCUCCCCUAGGGGGAUGUACGUCCCGGAGGUCGACAGCGGCGGCACCGAGGCGGAGCCCCUCGUGCCCAACAGGCAGCGCGGCAUGAAGCUGCAGGCGGCCAGGGAGCUGGCUGAGAAGUGGCUGUCCCAGGCCGACCCCCUGGCCUACACGAUGCACCAGCUGGACAGCGAGUGGCGGGACAGGCGCGCGUCCGACGCGCAGCUGGCCUUCUGUCUGCGCCACAGCAUCCCCCAUGACGCCGCUUGGACCAAGGGGCAGGCGCGGCGCGCCAUUGACCGAUACAUCGUGGAGGUAAUGCCCCUGGGUUUGGAGCCGCCCGUCCCUGCACCGCCUCCUGGCUGA